AAGAACAACAUGUUGAAGACCAUACGUACCCUCUACAAGAACAUAUAGAACCCAACAACACUGCGUCUAUAACAAUACAAAGUGAAGCUUCACAAAUGGAAGAAGACCCCAAGGACAACCCCACAUUAACAAAAGAAGAAGGAGCUGUAUAA